GUUGUUUAGCAUUGAUUGUUCCACCCACUUUCCCCCCACUCCUUCGAUGUAUAGUUGUGUUUAUAUGGUUCAUGGUAGUUGGCUUAUUACCUGAGUGUAUUUGGAUCCCGGUGUUUACAUUGGUUGAAAUAGCAGUGUUUCUUGUUUGUUUAUAUUUUUCUGUUUUCACUAAAUGGCUGUUGUUUUAAGUUUUUGUGUGUCCUGUGUUAUUGGUAACUGUUUGUUGGUGUGGAGAGUUAAUAACAGAUUCCCCAUUGUUUUGUCACUUAUGUGAAUAUAGGUGACAUGGGUACAGGGAAGAAUUUAGCUUAGGCACUCCUGGCAUUAAAUGCUAGAGCUAAAAAAUGUUCACCCAUUUCUUGUGAUAGGAAGCUGAAUUGUUUUCAUCUUGACUUUAUAAUAAAUACAUCUCCUUUCAAUAUUAAAAAGCACAAACAUUUUCAGCAAAGUCCAUGUUUUCAACACAAGACUCUUUAGUUAAUUCUGUAUACAGCUGACAUGUCUAAUAUAUCUGAACAUGUUUGCUGCAGAUAUUAAAAUGUACAUGUCAACGUCAGUCAUGCCAGUCCUUUGAUUUUCAGCAUCAUGCGCACCUGCACAAGGUAUAGUGAUAUCAUCAUCUAAUAAGUCUGGCGAACUUAGAACCGAUGGUUUUAUGUAAUAAGUCAGGAACUGUAACAAUGCAAAACAGUACUCCUAUGUGACUAUAAUAGUUUUUACACUUUGUUGUCGGACCAAUCAGCUCUUGCCAGACUUUACCAACAGAGACUGCCCCACAUUCUUUGGUGGUGGUGUUUACUUCCGAUUGGUGGUCGACAAAGUCUGGCAAAAGCCGAGUGUUCGACAAGCUGGCCAACAAAAAGGCGAUGUGUCAACAUGACCGUCCAGUGCGAAAGACUUAUAAAAUGGAUCCACCUUUGAGGAGUUUUGUACUUGUGCACAUGAAUCAAACUGAGGGGGACAGAAUGGUACGUUGGUAAAAUACGGCUUCAGGGAGUAGGGAGAGGCUUGGGCUUAUCCUCUAUAGAGAAUAAUCUAUGAGUAAGCCCAUUAGAGCUAGCGGGGCACAAGCUUUUAAUACACAGACAGAGGUUUCACUGUUGUGGUGAUGUUUUCUCUUUCAGAAUAAACCUGAACGUUAUGAACUUGUUUAUUGAGAGUACUUUAGUUUACACCUCUCUGGGUGUUCCCAUCUCAGUCAAUGGCAUUGCUCAGGUGAGGCUUCACAGGGGAUGAGGUGCUAUAGUUGGUUCUGCUUCCCUGACAUGGGACUCAUUUAUAAUAAAGGGUGAAUAUACCUGGGAAAAUGGUACGCUUCUGUUCAUUUCUAACGAAGGGUGUUUGUACCUGGCUGUGAAAAUUACCGAUGUACACAAGUUUCUAAUUUGGUGACUCUUUGCAGCAAUUCUGAAUAUUUACAAAUAAUAAUGAUAAAAUUAUAAAAGUAUUGAUAAAAUAGUAAGUAAUAAAAUGCCUAAGCUCUACACUCAGUUUGUUCAUGAAAUUAGACCCUGUGGCUUGACUGUACUUUACCACAGAGGCACUGCUUGCUUAACUCAGAUCAAGCAUACCUUUACUCUUGAAGUCCAGUAUGUCCAGAGCAUUUCCUCUCAACUCUAAUCAUGACAAAUUCUACACACAAGUCUUGAUGCAUAUCCCAUCUAGAUUCAGCUGGAAGCAUGUGGUCAUGACUGCCCUCGAUAGGGAGAAGCGAACCUAAACCUUAACUGGAGAAGUACAUUUUUAUCCUCCGUCCUCCAUCAUUAGAAAUUUACAAUCCCAGAAUGCACCUUAGGGUACAUGGGAAUUCAAGGCCCGUGUAUAAUGACAGGAUGUCAUACUUUCAGAAGUCCUGUUUCGAUAAUGCCCUGUACUGGAAGGUUUUUUAUACAAGUUUUGGUGGAAGGACUCAGAUAUUGCUUGCUCUAAAGGGAGAUAAUUCUGAACAGCAGCACCAUCCACUUCUUCAGCAUGUUGAAGGUAAAAAUUCAAGGACAGAGCAAUGACAUGCUGGCAGCUGCUUGUCAGCAAUUUCUGGGGAAAUCUGAGAAUGAAAUCCGUAAGAUUGCUCAGGAGACACUGGAAGGCCAUCAGAGAGCAAUUAUGGGAAACAUGACGGUCGAGGAGAUCUACAAGGACAGGAAGAAGUUUUCCAAGGCCGUGUUUGAAGUGGCUUCCUCAGAUCUGGUUAACAUGGGCAUCUGUGUGGUGAGCUACACACUGAAAGACAUCCGCGAUGAAGAGGGCUACCUGAGAGCCCUGGGUAUGGCCCGUACUGCCCAGGUAAAGAGAGAUGCUCGCAUUGGCGAAGCUGAGGCCAGAAGAGACGCUGGCAUCAAGGAAGCCCAGGCUGAGGAACAGAGAAUGGCUGCUCGAUACGCCAACGACAUUGAAAUUGCCAAGGCCCAGAGAGAUUUCGAACUGAAGAAGGCUGUCUAUGAUAUGGAGGUGCAGACAAAGAAAGCCAUGUCAGACCUGGCAUAUGAGCUUCAGGCGGCCAAGACGAAACAGCGCAUCAAAGAGGAAGAGAUGCAGAUCAAAGUAGUGGAGAGAACUCAACAGAUACAGGUGCAGGAACAAGAAAUCGUGCGACGUGAGCGCGAACUCGACUCCAACAUCCGCAAACCCGCCGAGGCAGAAAAGUUCCGUCUGGAGAAACUUGCAGAGGCUAACAGAACCCGAAUUAUUUUGGAAGCUGAAGCCUCAGCUGAAUCUAUCAAGGUGAAGGGUGACGCUGAAGCAUAUGCCGUAGAAGCCAAGGCCAAAGCUGAGGCAGAACAGAUGGCCAAGAAAGCUGAUGCCUGGAAGGAUUACCAAGAUGCUGCUAUGGUGGACAUGGUCCUCGAAUCUCUGCCCAAGAUUGCGGCUGAGAUUUCUGCACCACUGUCCAGUUGUAAGAAGGUGACGAUGGUGUCCAGCGGCAAGGGUGAUGUGGGUGCCCUCAAACUGACUGGUGAGGUAAUGGCCAUCAUGGAGAAGCUCCCCAAAGUGGUGGAAGGUCUGACCGGCGUGGACAUUCACAGGGCCUUGAAGGUGGGGCCUAAGGUGAAGUAACUGACCAGUAUUCACCCAUACACAUCCAGAGAGUGGAACAGAUAGUGGCAGCAUUUGUGUAACCGAUGAUGAUAUGACGAACAUUUCUAACUAAGCCUUUCUCUGACGUAUUCAAGCGUUAACCAUGUAACGUUUAAAGCCUCCUUCAACUAAGUUAUCGCUAUGUUGGUGAAGCUGGGAACUUGUUGAAAAACUCAGAAUUGUCAGGUACAUUACACUGUCUUAUAUAAAAGGACUUGUGUAAAAUGUUCCUUUAGUCAAAAACAUCUUGCAUUGAUCUAAAACUGAAGUGUAUAUACAUGUACCAUUAUGAAGGUGUUUGUAGCCACUGGUUAAGUCAUAGUAAACUGAGCUCGUCAUAAUCAAAAGUCCAACCAUACAGUUGGUUAUUGAUGGUAAGCCAGAAACCCGGAUUCUGUUCUUUAACAAGGGUGAAGAGGAGUGUCGUAUUUUGGUAAAGUUAAACCAGGUAGCAGACAUUUGUCUGCCUCCUGGAUGGGAAGGUGUGAUGAGUAAGAAAAAGGAAAACCAUGAUUACGUUUGUUUUGUCUUUAUAAAUACUACAGCCAUAGGUUGUCAGAACUUAAGUCGUAAUUCCAAUCAUUGUGAUCUGGUUUGAUUUUUAUUCCGAGAUCUGGGUGAACUUGUGUCUGCGUGAAUAUUGCAGAGUUCUUCACAAAUCUGA